CCGAACCCUCCAGCGCUGCCUUUGUGCCGUCGAGCCUCUGUAUUUAAGCGCGCGGCCUCGGAGCGCGGCUGAUUUCACCCCGAGGCGACCAUGGCCCCAGAACCCCCCCCUCGUCUGCUCCGCGCGCUGCUCCUGCUGCUGCCGCUGCUCUUGAGCAACACACCAGCGACGCAGACCCACACCCUGAGCCCCGGAAGAGAACCACAGCACAAGAUCCUGCACCUGGACUGGCCGUCCGACUGUGGGACGCCUCAUUUCAAACCAAACAUGGCCGAGAGAAUCGUGUCCGGGAACGAAGCUCGACCGCACUCCUGGCCCUGGCAGGUCUCACUGCAGGUUCGUCCUCGUGGAUCUAAACAUCACAUCCAUGUUUGUGGAGGAACUUUGAUCCACAAGAACUGGGUCCUGACGGCUGCACACUGUUUCCAGAAGGGGAAGGCGGAGGAGGCCGGCAGCUGGAGGAUCGUUUUGGGGAAACACAAACUGAAACGUUCUGAAACGGCCGAGAGGAUUUUCCCGGUGAAGCGGAUUUACCGUCACGAGAACUUCCGUUACCCGACGCACAGCGAACUGGACUACGACAUCGCCCUGGUCAAAGCCGCCGCCGACAUCCACCCGUCCCACGCCAUCCGCUACGCCUGCCUGCCGCGCAAACACCUGAGCCUGCAGCCCGGACACUACUGCUGGGUCACCGGCUGGGGGACACGCGGGACGGGGGGGGACACGCGGGGGGGAAAGGAGAACGUGUCUCUGGCGGAGGCGCUGAAUCAGGCUCGUCUCCCGAUCAUCGACUUUAAAACGUGUCGACAGAAGAAGUUCUGGGGCGACCGAGUUCGAGACUCGAUGAUCUGUGCAGGAUUCAGAGACACGGAAGAUCCACCUGCAGCCUGCCAGGGGGACUCGGGGGGGCCUCUCUUGUGUCAGUUGGAUCGCGAUCGCUGGGAGGUUCACGGUGUCGUCAGUUUUGGUCCGAUCGGCUGCACCGUCGAAAACAAACCCAGCGUCUUCACCAGAACCACGGCCUACAUCCCCUGGAUCGAGGCCACGCGCAUCCGGGACUUUUUCCUCCACUGA